GUUUCCGGUUCUGUGGCAGGUAGUUUGGUUGCACUCGCAUCAGGCCUGAGUCAGUGUGUGCUGGUGCCACCGGUGCAUCCGGAGCUCAGCGUGUGUUUGCGCUUCCCCGGCGACAGGGCUGGAGCAUAAACUUCACCAGCGAUGUCAGACGCAGAACCUUCCGUGAAACUUUAACUCAACAACAUGUCUGAUGUCACCAAAACCGUGCAGAGAUGGCACGCGAGUUUUAAAAAGGCCACAGACUUUGAUUCGUGGGGGCAGCUGGUGGAAGCCAUCGAUGAAUAUCAAAUAUUGGCAAGACAACUUCAGAAAGAAGUGCAGUCGACAAACUCUCACGAUUUUACAGAAGAACAAAAGAAAACCCUGGGAAAAUUUGCAACAUGCCUUGAAAUGAGAAGCGCAGCGCUGCAGAACACACCCUCUCAAGAUGACUUCAAGCUAGAAGACCUGAAAAAGCUGGAACCCAUCAUCAGGAAUAUUCUGACUUACAACAAAGAUUUUCCAUUUGAUGUCCAGCCGGUGCCUUUGAGGAAGAUUCUGGCACCGGGAGAGGAGGAAAACCUGGAGGUGGAGGAGGAGUCGGAUGCUGGGACUGGAGCGGGCUCGACACCAUCAUUCACCUCCAGAGUGCCAGGUACUUUGUUGCCGAGGUUACCAUCAGAGCCUGGGAUGACAUUACUGACACUAACCAUAGAGAAGAUCGGUCUGAAGGACGCAGGGCAAUGCAUUGAUCCUUAUAUCACCCUCAGUGUUAAAGAUGUGAACGGAAUAGAUCUGAAUCCAGUUCAGGAUACGCCGGUGGCCACGCAGAAAGAAGACACGUACGUUCAUUUCAGUGUGGACGUGGAAAUCCAGAAACAUCUCGAAAAACUUCCCAAAGGAGCAGCUAUUUUCUUUGAAUUCAAGCACUACAAACCCAAGAAGAGAUUCACCAGCACUAAAUGUUUCGCUUUUAUGGAAAUGGAUGAAAUCAAACCAGGUCCCAUUGUCAUAGAACUGUACAAGAAACCUACAGACUUCAAGAGGAAAAAACUCAACCUCCUUACCAAGAAGCCGCUGUUCCUGCAUCUUCAUCAAACUUUACACAAAGACUGAACCAAAACGGACAGGACGGGACUGACAUACAUGAACCACAAACGUGUUUUAUCCUCUCAGAUCUUCAGCGAUGUGGUUUGGGGUGAUCCGCAUAUCACCAACGUAUUUGAUCCUAAAGAGAGAGACUGUUUGAAACGGAUGUUCUGGUGCAUUUAUGUUUUGUACGAAUGCUCUGUAUUAUGAUUUCUGAUGAUAAACAAUAACGCUUGGGCAAGGAAACACACUUUUAUUAUCUGACAGAUGUUAUGACUGAAGCACAAAACUGGUUUACGCUUACAACCCACAAACAUCGAGCAUUAACUGAUUCACAUGAAGGAUGCAGCUGGGAGGAACUUCAUCUCUCACAAGUCAACUUGGUAAAAAGCGCAGCGUUUUGUUCUUUAAGAAUUUGAGAAAUGUUCAUUUCAGUUCAAAGAAAAUAUUCUGUUCCGGUUCAAAUGACACGUCCAACAUUUUAAAGUGAAGAUAUCAGUAUUUACAGAGUAAACAACUAAUGAAGAGAAUAUAUUGACCCCUAUUGUUUAAUAACUCAUGUUAAUGUUGACUGUCUGAAUCACACAAACUAAAGCUACAAUUCAAAAUCAAAGUGUUGCGUUUCUAUAAAACUUUGUUGUUCGAUAAAAAAUGAUUUCUGUCUUGUGUGGGUUGUUAUAUAGCUUUUCAUGUCUCAUUUCUAAUAAAAUACAAUGCUGCUUGA